GCGGAGAAAUUAUUUAAAGACAGGGAAUUGCUCAGAAAGAGGGGUAAAGGGAGACGAUCUCUCACAAAACAGCAUCGUUCUCUUGCCCGCAACUUUAGACCUGACUCAGUAUCUCGGACAACCUCUGAUCCCAAAUAUCAAUUGCAACGCCGAGGAGCAACCCAAGAUGGAACAAGAGGCAGAGCAUCAGCCCAUUGAGGCAGACGACUCCGGUAUUGACGACGCCUCUUCCGUUGGAGGUCUCUCAGCAGACGAAUCUAGCGCUUCUCUGAGAUCGAGCAUCUUGGAUUACCGCCGCGAAAAUGGUCGCACCUACCACCGCAUGAGCGAUGGCAAGUAUGCCUUCCCGAAUGACGCGCGAGAGCAAGAUCGCCUGGACAUGGUCAACCACAUCUGGAUGCUGAUCCUGGACAAUGCCUUCUGUCUGUGUCCCAAGAACGAUGGCUCUACAGCCAAGAGAAUCCUCGACCUCGGCACCGGGACGGGAGUCUGGGCUCUCGACUACGCCGAGACAUUCCCAGAAGCGACUGUUCUCGGCGUCGACCUCAGUCCUAUUCAGCCCGGAUUCGUGCCUCCCAAUUGCAGCUUUGAGGUUGAUGAUUUGGAAAAGGAAUGGACCUGGUCCAAGCCCUUUGAUUUCAUCCUCGGUCGGAAUAUGAAUGCGAGCUUCUCCGACUGGGACAACGUUAUCAAGCAGGCGUAUGACCACCUUGAGCCUGGCGGCUACUUUGAGAUUCAGGACAGUUGCUGGCCUCCCGUUUCUGACGACGGUACGCUCAGAAAGGACUCGGCGCUUGCCAAAUGGUCGGGUCUUCUGGUCGACGCCUGCAACAAGAUCAACCGCCCGGUAGACAAGACGCUUGAGUUGCCCGGCAAGAUGGAGGCAGCAGGUUUUGAGGAGGUCGUGGUGACUCCCGUCAAGUUCCCAUCCUCCAACUGGCCCAAGGACAAGAAGCUCAAGGAUAUUGGCGAAUGGAACCGAUCCAUGUUGAUGGGUGGUCUUGAGGGAAUGACACUAGGGUUGCUUACCCGUUUCAUGGAGUGGUCCAAGGAAGAGACGCUAGUCUUCUGUGCUCAGGUGAGAAAGGACUUGCUUGACACGAGCAUUCAUGCCUACUGGAAUGGAUAUGUAAUUUAUGGACGGAAGCCUCUGAUAGCGACCGAGGAGGUGGAUUCUAAUUGAAGCGUCAAAGAGACGUGAGAGUGUUCGAUGAGUGGUUGAGUCAGCCUGAUGUAGUGAUGGAAAAAAGACAUUUUCAAGCACGAUGAAGCAAGGCAAAGUGAUGCUCCACACAGUCGGUAUAUUGGUUUAAUCUUAGUGUGAUAGCGAUUGGGGUAGGGAGAACACAUGUUGAAACGACUGGCUGGGGAGAGACACAACGUGCGGGAUAGCGUCUUGGCAAGGCGCUCUUUCAGGGCAGCAUACCUCAGAUGGUUUGAAUCAGCCGCACAGUAACGCUCUUUUGUAGAACAUGAGAGCGAGGACGGU